AAACUCGUUCGUAGCGGUCGUCAGUCGUAAUGCAGCAGCGGUGCACGAGCUAAAAUUGUUUAGAAUUCUGAUAUAUAAAUAAAGCAAUUAAUAGAAUUGAGCAGCAGGCAGCAGCCCCAAUCAGAAAGAGUCAUAAACUAAACAUCGUGUAUGCUAGGGCAUUCUGUUUGGCAUAAAACGGCAGCGACAUUUUCAAAUCAACGCAAAACGCAUUCGAGUUCAAUAAAAAGCAAACGUGUCGGCAGCAGCAGCAGCUAAGCGAUUAACUAACUACCUGUAACCAAAAGUCUGCAGAUUUCGUAAUAGCAACAAAGCAUUUGCCUAGAGCAGCAGCAGUCCGGUCAACGUUAGCGUCACGCAAAGAAUUCACAAAUACAAAUACAACUACGUGAAAAAUCAGCUGAAGGCCCGCACGCACACAUGAACACCCGUAUAAACUCAAUGCGAUAGACACACAGUGAAAGUGAGCGUGUAUAUGUGAUACAAAGAGCAAAAGAAAAAAUUUAUUAACUUGCGGUGUCAGCAUUUAUAAUAAAACAUAAAUUUACCAAAAACGUUCGCAAAACCGUUUUUGGUAAUAGAAGACACAACCCACACACACUAAUAAGAAAACAAAAAACCAACCAUCAGAUACUAAAAUACAGCACAAUGAGUGGAUACACAGACCUCACCAAGCUGGAGACUAGUCGGAACUGUCUGCGUCGCAUUGCGCGCCACGACGAGCAGCAGUUCUCCAAAAACAGCAUCGUCAAUCUGAUGGAGAAGUUUGUGAAAACGGUCAACACGAUGGAUGAUACCAUACUGGUGCCAUGCAGGCUCAUGGAUCGGCAGAUCGGUGAUAGCACUGAUAUAAUACCUGCAACUGGCAAGGAUACGACCGCCAAUCAGCUGACAAAGAGUUCCAGCGCACAGGGCAAACGUGGCGCGGCGCAUUCAAAGAAUGUCCAAGAGUUUCUCAGCGCCUCCGAGCUGUUCAAUUUGUACACCGUGCUGAAUGCCCUGAAGAAGGAUUUGCUGUGGACCAACAACCAGGAUGAUGACGACACGGAACUGGAGUCGGAACAGCAAUUGCACCAGCAGCAGCAGCAGCAGCUCAGCCAAGCGGCGGAGACAAAGACUGAGGCCAACACAAGCAGCAGCAGCCGGGUCAAGGGUCAUGUGAGACGGACCUCAACGGCAUCGAUGAUGUCCACCACAUCGGUUAGCAAUCUGAGCGAUUCCGAAUCGGAUAUCUCGAACGAGAUCGAUUCGGGCCUGGAAUCGGAUGGCAACAAGAGCGACCAUGCCCAAAGCACCGACGGCAGCGAUAUUGCCGAUGCCGCCCGCCAACCGACCAGCGACAAGGCCACGGAGCUGGCGCAACGCUGCAAAAGACACCUGAACGGUCUGUACCAGUGCCUGGAACAAAUGACAGAGGCGGCCAACUAUCUGACCGCCAGAUACCAAAGUGAUAUUGGAGCCGUCUAAACCAAAUAAUUGGAACGGUUGCCAACACCCCCCCCCCCUCUACCCUCUCGGAAUGUGUGUUUAGCUUCACCUUCUACUCUUCUUCUUCUUACACCUGGGCGGGCUCUAAUCAUGUAAACCAAAAAGAAAAACAACAAAAAAAAAACUUUGAAAAAAAUAAUGAUUAAUAAUAAGGAAAAACGGUUUUCUUUUCUUUUGUGUGAGGUCCUUUCUGUUAAGUGAGAUUUAAUUUCAUAAAAAAAAAUAAAAAACAAAAAAAAGUAUGGGGUGCUAUGACAUAUGAGUACAUAUACCAUAUAUAUAUAUAUGUAAAUAUAUAUAUGAUGAUUGUAUAAAAUCGAUCGUAACUGAUAAUAAUGAUAAUGAAGAUAACUACAUUUAUAUAUAUAUAUAUACAAAAUUGCGAAUAAGCUUUUUCAAAAAAAAAAAAAAACAAAAAAACAAUUUGUAUUUGUAUUUUGGGUUGACGGGUACAACAACAAAACAGAACAAAUGUUGAAUGUGUAUGUGUGUGUGUGCGUGUGUGUGCGUGUGGGUCAGCUCGUUUGAUAUGAUACAGUUAUUGUUGUUGAUAAUGUUAAUGAAGAGCAUUCCUUUAGUACACACGCUGUGCCCGCACACACACCUACACACACACACACAGACUCGCACACUGUAGAAAUUGGGUGUGGCCAGGCCCCACCCAGAAAGAAGAAAA